AUGUCAACAAGAUCUGUACUAUCCUUGUCAGACAAUACGAGCCAUGCGGUCGGUAGCCUCCAAGCACUCAAACGAUCGAACAUAGUACCACUCCCCACCGCAUCACACGAUGAAACGUGCUGCAUAUGCUUGGAUGUAUAUGGUCCUUCGCACAAAGCCGUCACUGUGCUCAUCAAAGACUGCUACCAUCGCUUUGGUCAACAAUGUCUUGAUGACUAUCUCAACAGCGAUAGUCCUCGUAAUAACACAUGUCCUCAAUGUCGGAGAGAAUGGUAUACACGACAAGCUGCUUGGAUGGCAACAAGGGACAUAAGCACAACAGAGAGUUUAAUAGCUUUCAGUUUGCCGCGAGAGCCGGCUCGAUUCGAGCGACGGGCGAGGACGCAUCGAACGCAGCGUACUUGGGCAUAUGACCGGGCUACAAACAACAGCCUCAUCAAUAGUCAUAUGGAUGAGAUCUUCAGGCGACUUGAUUUAAUCCAGAACAUUAGCGAUGAGCGACACACUUCGAGUGCAGAUACCCGCGUGCGUCUUCAAGCAGUUGAGCGCCGUGCCCGACGGCUUUACCAGGAGCUUCAAAGAGCAUAUGAAGACAACGCAGCAUAUCAGGCGCCUUCAAGUGCAGGGGUGCGUACGCAGGAGCCAACACGAGACCUGGGUACUUCUGGUCAAGACAGUCGUCUAGGAAGGAGACGCUUGAUGGAAACAAAUUCGCUCGAGCUUGACCAUAACCCUUACUCCCCAAUGAGCAUCGCAAAUCACAACACAGAUGCAGUGCCACGUGCUACUCUAACGUUGGAACACAUUUCAGCGAGAAUCAACACCUCUUCAGACAAUACCUUCGAUAUUCAUCGGGAAUCUCCAUCUCCGCCUCCAGAAGAUCCGAUCAGUCCUGGUCACUAUGCAGAGUAUCUGCGGUGGGGUGGAGACAUGAUCUCAAAUGAUGACCUACCUAGAUUACGAGAGUCUUCAGAAUCCCCCGCAAAUGGUUCGGGUUUCGCGCGUGUAUUAGGAGCAAGAGACCGUCAGCAUACCUCGGAUCAUAGGUUCACCGAAUGGGACGUCACUACUACCACGACUCGUAUUCAUACCUCGAAUGUUACACCCUAA